AGUUAAAAGAUUCUAAUAGGAAAUUAAAAUGACUACCAGAUUAAAUAAAUGCUCAGAACAUGAAAUAACAAUGAUUCUUGAUACAGAAUCAGAUUCUGAUAAAGAGCAAAAACCAUAUGAUAAUAUUACUUCAAUUAAAGUGCAAAGAAAUAGAAAUUCGAAUCCACGAAAUGCAAUACAAAACCUGUUGGAUACAUCUUCAGAUACAGAGAAUGUGUUCAAAAAUUUUAAGUGUACAUUGCCAAAAAAUAGUAUUUCUCAUAAAGAUAAAGUAUCUCUUAGAAUUAAACUUAGGAGAUCUACAGAGCAAAGUUUAUAUAAAAUUGAUACAGACUCCGAGUAUGAAAAGGCUAUCUGUAAAUCUCGUGGUUUAGGCAAAUCUCGAAUUCAAAGGCAGAGAAAAAAAAGUUAUUCAGAAGUAGAAAGUGAAGGUUCCUAUACUGAUGGUAAAGACAGUUCUACAAAAAAUAAGACUAACAAUGACAACAAACACGAAGAAAGUGAGAAUGACUUAUCAAGGAGAAAUAGAAAUAGAAAGCCACCUUUAAGAUUUUCUCAUUACUAUUGCGAGAUACCUAGUUUGAAUUCUCCGUCUUUAAGGGAUAGGAAAAAUAUAAAUUACGAUGAGGAUAAGUUGUUUAUUAAUUCUAUUGUGUCUAACAUGAAGACUCAAAACAAAAUGUUAAAGCAACAAAGAAAGGAAGCUUCAAAUAGAUCCACUGGAAGACAGAAUGUACAGGCUGAGCCUGUAUCCUCCAAUGUAAAAACUAAUAAAAGAAACCGUACUCCAUCUAUAAAAGAUGAGGAAAAUGAUAGUAGUGCAGAUAUUAAAAUAUCAAAAAAAAAAUCAUUGAAAAAAUCUGAGAGUAGGAGUAAGGUGAAUCAUGAUCCCAUAAGAAAUAAGAAAAACAAUAUUAAUGAUACAGAUUCUAAAAUAUUAAAUGCAAAGUUACUGAAGAAAUCCAAUAGAUCUGGAAGCAAAAAUGAUAAGUUGGAUCAUGCCUCAAUGAAAGAUGAGGAAAAUGUAAAUGGUACAGAUUCUAAAAUAUCUAACAUGAAAGUAAUCAGAAAAUCUAAUAAAUCUGAGAGUGGCAAUAGUAAGUUGGACGAUGUUUCAAAAGUAUAUGAAACGACAAAGAAGCAAGAUUCAUUAAUAUCAGUAUCUAUAAGUAGCACACCUGUCAAAUCUAGACAAAAAAGAUUAAUUUGUGGAAACAUACCAAAACAGAUGGACUCUGUUAAUAAUAAUGACAAUAGUAACGAGGGAGAAUGUUUAACUGAUUCAUAUAAACGUAUUAAAAUUUCAUCAGCGAUUAAAACUGACUCUGCCAACUCUACGCCUAUUAAAACGAAUAAACAAAAGGGUGAAAUUUUUAAAGAAACAUCAACAAACGUCCAGUCUUACAGUAAGAAUAACAAUGAUGCACAGGAUGAAUAUUUAUCUGACAUGUAUAAAUGUAUUCAAAUUUCAUCCGCAAAGAAAAAUAUUUUAACCCCUCAAACGAGAAAUAAUAUGCAGAAAAGCAUUGAGCUAGGUCUAGAAAAUACUCAUUUGAGCACUCCAAAAUCUCGUCCAAAAUACAAUAAUUUAACACCGUCAUUGGUAAAACGAAAUAGUGCUCUAAUAAAACCAACUACACCAUUACAGGAGGCUAGAUCCAAAUUACACGUUAGCAUUGUACCAAAAUCCUUACCUUGUAGGGAGGAAGAGUUCAAUAAUAUUUUUACAUUUCUUAGAGGAAAAUUAGAAGAUAAAAGUGGAGGAUGCAUAUACAUAAGCGGAGUGCCAGGAACAGGUAAAACCGCAACUGUGAAUGAAGCUGUUAGGUGUCUGCAAAAGUUGAUACUUAAAGGUCAGUUAGAUGAUUUUAACUAUAUUGCAAUUAAUGGGAUGAAACUAACCGAACCAAGACAAGCUUAUGUGCAAAUUUUAAAACAGCUGGAUGGUAAAACAGCUACGUGGGAACAAGCGUAUCAUACAUUGGACAAAAGAUUUCGUAGCGGCACUUCUAAAAUGACGUUGCUUCUUGUAGAUGAACUUGACCUGCUAUGUACAAAACGUCAAGAUGUUGUUUACAAUUUAUUAGAUUGGCCAACAAAAUCAACGGCGCAGUUAGUUGUUAUCACUAUAGCCAAUACUAUGGAUUUACCUGAAAGAGUUUUCAUGGGUCGUGUAACAUCACGCUUAGGUCUAACACGACUAACUUUUCAACCUUAUAAUUAUAAACAACUACAGGAAAUCGUCGUAUCUCGACUUAAAGAUUUCGAUGGUUUUAGGAGUGAAGCUAUACAGCUUGUUGCACGAAAAGUUUCUGCUGUAUCUGGAGAUGCCAGGCGAGCUUUGGAUAUAUGUCGUCGCGCUAUGGAAAUCACAGAGUUGCGAAACGGCGAAACAAUCUCUCUUCAAGAUGUGUCAGAGGCUAUAUCCGAAAUGAUUGCAUCGGCAAAAGUUCAGGCUAUAAAACACUGUUCAGAAAUGGAAAAAAUAUUUUUACAAGCAGUAUCUGCAGAAGUCACACGAACUUCGAUCGAAGAAGUAUAUUUUAAAGAUGCGUACAAACAAGUUGAAUCGUUGUGCUCAUUUGAUGGUAUUGAAAUUCCCACUAUAACAGAAAUACUUGCAGUUUGUGGAAGAUUAGGUUCUAAUAGAUUGUUAAUAUGUGAACAUUCGAGGAGUGACUUAUAUCAAAAGAUUUUAUUGAACGUUUCUACGGAUGAUAUUCACUAUGCAACUCGGGAAUUAAAUUUAAAUUGAAAAUAGAUCAUAACUUUUUAAAUGAAUGAAUGUAUGAAACGUGUAUGUGUAUGUGCGAAUGUAUAUGUGCCUUAAAAAAAAAUAGAGAGUGCCUUAGUGAAGUAAUUUAUCAAACUUUUAUUAUCAUUGAGUUUUGUAAUAUAAAUUAUUUAUUACUAGAUCGAAUUAUACGUAUAAAAUAAGCGAUCGGUAUCAUUAACAAGUUAUCGGUCAUAUUAUACAAGUAUAUCGAUAUGUCAUAAAUACAUAUUACCGAAUUACGUAAUUUAAGAAUCUCAUCUGCAAAUUUUACGGGCUAUUAAUAACCAAUGAGAGGCAUAAUCAUGGUUAACGAAAAUUCGGUCGACAAGCAAAUUUUAACGUUUCACAAUGAACAAAAAUGGUUGGAUAUUGUUAAUUUGAACUGUACUUUGACUAAAUUAAAUAAAAGCAGAUUAUUUUGGGUGCUA